GUAAUGGAGGCAAACCAGACGCUGGUGACUGAGUUUUUUCUCAGUGGGAUAACAGAUCGGCCAGAGCUGCAGAGCCCUCUAUUCUUGGUGUUCUUGUCAAUUUAUGUAACUACUAUGGUGGGCAACUUUGGAUUAAUUUUUCUCAUUUGGAAAUACCCCCAUCUUCACAUUCCCAUGUACUUUUUCUUCAGCAGUUUAGCCUUUGCUGAUGCUUGUACUUCCUCCUCAGUGACCCCCAGGAUGCUUGUCAAUAUUUUAGACAGAGGCCAAGUGAUAUCCCUUUUUGAGUGCAUGGUCCAAUAUUAUUUUUUUGGUUUUAGUGCAACCACAGAAUGUUUCCUACUGGUAGUGAUGGCUUAUGACCGCUAUGUAGCCAUUUGUAACCCUUUGCGCUACCUAGUGGUGAUGUCCAAUAGACUCUGCACUUGGUUGAUAAGCAUGUCAUAUGUAAUUGGUUUUCUGCACCCCAUAAUUCAUGUAGGAUUAUUAUUUAGAUUACAUUUCUGUAAGUCAAAUAUAAUAGAUCAUUUCUAUUGUGAAAUUUUGCCACUCUAUACAAUUUCUUGCACUGAUCCAUCUAUUAAUGCAUUAGUAGUUUUUAUUUUUGCUGCUUUUAUACAAGCUAUUACUUUUAUGAGUAUUAUAUUCUCUUAUACUCAUGUCCUUGUUACCAUGCUGAAAAUGAAGUCUGAGAAGGGCAGAAGCAAAGCCUUCUCCACAUGCAGUGCACACCUGGUCUCUGUAUCUUUGUUCUAUGGCACUCUCUUUGUCAUGUAUGUGUGUCCAGGGUCUGGUCCAGAUAAAUAUCAGGAUAAAAUAUAUUCACUAUUCUACACUAUUGUAAUUCCCCUGCUAAACCCAUUUAUUUACAGCCUAAGAAACAAAGAAGUUUUAAGUGCACUGAGAAAAGUGAUAAAGAAAUAA